AUGAAGUCCCUCACCAUACGAAAGAUUAAAAAACCCUUCCCUUCUCCCCACCAGCUCUCCUCCACCUCCGACUCUCCUGUCCUGAACUGUCCACCACAGGUCAGCGAGUGUGGAAUCAUCAAGGCCCCCCUCCCUGCGCUCUACGGUGUCCUCAGAGGCUCAAUCUGCAGGUCUGAGGUCACUCGCUGGCCCGUGACGGAGGAGCAGAGCCAAAUCUUGGGAGUAGCAGAAGUCCAUAUGGCGAGCGGGGAGGGACGGUGGCUUGUGUUUGAAACGCCACGAACGGACGGAAAUGGCAGACGCCUGGAGAUGGUUUUUGAAGUGGCGAGGAGAGGAGAAGCGAGCUCUUUCAUGUGGGUUUAG